AUGAUUGCUUCAUUAAAGCUGGCCGAUCAACAAACGGAAAGGGUACAUUAUUGGGCAAUUCAUCCAGCAAAUUUGGAUGAUUUCAAAAAAGGCGAUUUUCGAAGACGACGUGCUCAACGGAAGGUACGACGUCAUAUGGGUUUAAUGAUAAAUGAAGAUGAAUGCUCGGAUGAUAGUCCAAUAAGUACACCAAUACCUGUAAAGAAAUCAUUUACAAUUGAAUCGAUUUUACGGCCCGAAUUUCCUCAACAACCUUUAUUACCAUUUAUGCAUGCUUUUUUACCAUUACCAUUACCAUUACCGUAUCAUUUGUACAGUAAUUAUUUUUAUGCUUGA